UUUAAUAAUGUUAGUUUUUUUUGACGUCGUCGCUAGAUGGUGUCGCGCACGCGAAAAAAAAAAAAGAGAAAAGUAGCGGCUGACGUAGUUUCAAAAUGUCGUCCGAUCGCAACGUCUGCGUUGGUUCUCGGGUGUCGGAUCGUCAAAAGGAGCUUCUGCUGGCUUUUGUGAAAGAGCACCCACAGAUCGCGACGCUGUCGUGCCCGCUGGAGCCGUCGUUCACGAGGGAGGACCGGGACGACAUGUGGCAGGAGCUAGUAGCGCUUUUGAACGAAGAAGUCCCUGCGCGUAACACCAGGGCCCAGUGGCAGGCCCGAUGGAGGAAUGAGCGCUACUAUUCGCAGCAGGGUCUUGCCAAACUCCGAGGGCAGCAGAGCGGCACCCGAGGCGGCCAGAUUUCGGAUUACCGCGGCCGCGUCGUGCUUGACAGGGACGAGUGUGCGAGGCCCAUAGUUCGGGUGGUCUGAAUCGGUAAGCACUGGCUUAGAAUAUCAUUGUUACUUGUAUGCUGCGAACAAGUGGGCUCGUUUGCUUCGAGCCAUUACGCGCUGUUAGUUUUACUUUUUCAAACAAUAUCGAGUGGAUCACCCGGCCGCCGCGUUAGCUGAGGUGCUAACACGUUGCGCCG